GAGCACUACUUAUAAUUCCAACGGCGCGCACAUUAAAAGCUUUUAGCAACAAUGAGGUGAUUCGUUUAUAAUUAAAAACGAAUACGCGUCACGGGACCCGUGCUUGGGCCACGGGCGUGGGGUCACUGCGAGUUGCCAAUAGGAAAUAGUUGUUUAUACCGUGGUGCGUUUCAGAUAAUAUCCCAUGAGCAUCGGAGUUGGAGGCUGGGAUCGGAGGCGCGCGCUCGACCAUGACGCGCCCAGGCCCUCCCAAUGAGAACUUGCCCACGGUAAAAUUGGUGGUGGUAGGUGAUGGUGGUGUGGGCAAGAGCGCCAUUACCAUCCAGUUCUUCCAGAAGCUAUUCGUGACGGAUUAUGACCCUACGAUCGAGGACUCCUACAUACAACAUACGGAGGUCGACGGCCAAUGGUGCAUCCUCGAUGUACUGGACACGGCGGGCCAAGAGGAGUUCAGCGCGAUGCGCGAGCAGUACAUGCGGAAGGGCGACGGCUUCCUCCUCGUGUACUCGGUCACGGACCCGCAGUCCUUCCGUAAUCUACGGCGAUUCCACACGCAGAUCCUGCGCGUCAAGGACAGGGACUCGUACCCCAUGCUGCUGGCCGCCAACAAGGUGGACCUGGUGCACGUGCGCGCCGUCAGCGAGGAGGCGGGGCGCGACCUCGCCCGCUCGCUCGGCGUGCCGUACAUCGAGACCAGCGCCAAGGAACCGCCGCUGAACAUCGAGCGGGCCUUCCACGAGCUCGUCCGAAUCAUCCGCAAGCACCCUCAGCAGGAAGAGAAAGACCGCCGUCGCCGAAAAUUCGGCAAGUGUACGCUGCUCUGAGAUACGUGCGUGGCUAACUUCACGCAGAUACCAUUCGCUGCUACUUUCAAGCUGUGAGUUGCGAGCACAGAACAAAUGUGCAAGUCGCGGAAAGCGAAAAGAGAACUGUAUCAUUCUCGAAAAUGUUACGAAAAUUGCACAAGAAAUAAAGAAAGUGGGAGUGGAAAAAUUCUUUCCCGCGGUAAUAUAAGAAUUUUCCGAAAUAAUAUGAGGAAAUUUCGCAAUUUUGGAAGCUUUAUUCGUUGAGAGUAAUUUCACCCGAAAUUUUAACAUGACGUUAAUAAGACUACAUAACAUGAAGAUGUCCAGUGAUUAUUCGACACGUGAGUAACCGGUUAAAAAUAAUUUUAAUGAUUUCGAGUCUCACGGUUCAACUGCCAGAAGGGUGGAAUUCCACCUGUUCAAUGUCAUUACUUCUCAGUCUCUCAUUAAGCAAAAUGUGAGACGCAAUACACAUUACCUACACAAAGCUAUUGGACAGAUGGAAUACCUCCGUUAGUCAGACCUUUAAAAUGAAGUAACCUUAUAGAAUAAAAAGAAUACAGAACCUUCUUGAAAUUGAUGUUCGAUAAAAAUAUUAUUUUUGUAAACCAAACUGUAUUUGAAACUAGACCUAAUUUGCUAAGGCUUAAGGUCGUUUUCGAAUUAAACAAAGAAACGAGAACCCUUAUUUUGAAAAGUUUUAAAAAUGAAACUGCACAUAAACAGGCAUGGCUCACUCCGCGAUUUCGUCGCUUUGCUACAGGUAGCUAAAAGUAGAUCCGUUCGGCCCCAAUUUUGGGGUUUGCCAUUAGCCGUGGCGCUGUUGCCACCUAGCGGCCAUAUCUGUGCUGAUCGUAACAGACGCGUUUUGUUAGAGAGUGAGUCUUCUGUACCUAGUACUAUUAUUUAUUCUGUGACAUAAAUAAGAGUUUGUUAAAUAUGUGGAUGUAUAUUUAUGUAAGCGAGUCGGAGAGACGUAAAACCGUUGUAGUUGUAUUUGUUGGUUGAUCGUAGUCACAAAUGCCAAGCAUUUAUUUAUCCAAUGCAGAGACCGGUAAAGAAUAAUGAUUGACAAUGUCCCUAUAGUUGCGCUACUUGCAAAUCUCGCAAUGUACACCAAGCCGCAAAAUUGUCUGGCCACUUUAUGAAUGGAUUUCAUUAAUUAUUCAUUACGUGUCCAGGCACUUUAGUAGCUCACUGUACUUGCAAGAAAAUGAAAAAAAAAAACUUUUAAGACUCGAAAAUAUUGUAGCCUUAAAUUUAACGGCUCCAAUAGAUAUAGCGCUGUACAAUAUGACCGAGUUAAAAUAGCUUGUCAAGCGCCAACUGUUAAAUUUGCCGGUACAAUAUUUUACACUACUUUACACGUGUCCAAUGUCAGUGCGUCUCACUCUCUCAUUAUAUUGGACAGAUGGAAUAACACCCUUAGUAGUAGUUUGUCUAUGGGUAUUGAAUUAUUGCUAACAAUAAUACGAAAUAUUUGGGUACAAUUGAAACGCCGCAACUUUAUAUGGCGACUACCAACUUUGUUUUUUUACUUGUCUCUGUCCAAAGUCUAGUCUGUAAGCUAUAUAAAGGUUUUAUUGAAAAUGUAUUUUUUAGAUAGUUAUUGCAUUUAUACCAUUUCUUUCCUAUAAUUGUAUAAUUUAUUAUUAAUGUAUAAGAACAAAUUGGUUUGUCUGUAUAGGCAGUAGAUGUCAGACCAAAGCAAAUUCUACCUAGUUUUUAUUUCUAGAUGCUAAAAUGACAGUUCUUAUUUAUCUAGUUUCUAGGAGUGUCCUGUCAUUCUAGUACAAAAUUGGUGCAAUAUAACACAGAUAAAGAUAAGUGUUACAGAUAUAGAAAUGAAAUAUAUUAUGGUUAUAGUUUUUUUGCACAACGUAUCAUAUUAACUCACAUUUAUAGACGGGUCUAACGCGAAAUUUGUUCAAUUUCCUUUAUUUACCGACACAGGUUUCACUGGUCUAUAAAUGUGAGUUAAUAAAAAGUAUCAUUGUAAAGCAUAAUAUAGACUGCAAGUAUCGUAGUAAUAUUAUAUUAUAUGACCAUGGACAAAAACGGUCAACGAGGAACUUUGUCCAAGUAACUAAUUUGUUAAAUUAUAUCACAUUCACAAUACUGCAAGGCUGAAAUUACCAAAAAUAUGUCAUUUUGAUCUCUGACAAAUCAUUCGAGUAAAUAGUUUGAGUGUUUGCUCUUUCGCUCUUGGGCUUGGAGCUGCGAGAGUGAAAGAGAUAAAAAGCAAAACUUAGAUGUCUACACUUCUUCUGGUAUGUUUUAUAAAGAAAAAAAUAGAUUUUCGUUAAAGUUUAUAAAAAUGUAAUACGGGUUAUACACAAUACACAUUUUAAUAGCUAACUAUUUUAAUAGGAAAAAAUAAUAUCAUACAAAAUCUAUGAAAACGGUGGUGACGGAGUGGAAAAAAUGGAUCGGAUGAGCUCGUGAUGGGGAGAAAAAAUAUUAGCAUUUUCAAACUAGUGGUGUGUACAACUUUGAAUAAGCGACAUCUAGUAGCGAGUAGCGAGUACUAGUAACCAAUUUAUUAAGUAACCAAGAAAUGACUAACACUAUUUUCCAGUAGACGUGUAGACACCGAAGUAUUUGCUAAGCUUAGGAUUAAAUUGGGAUCAUUUUAUAAACGUGCGUGGGUAAAGUACCAUCGUCUAGUUUUAACUGACAAUUUUUAAACCUAUCGCGAAUACCACUAUUAUAAUAUGGUCAGGUCAGAAAGUUGCUGUUAUUACGACCGUUUUCCAAACUUUUUUAUAUAACAAUAUCCUCCUAAGUCCUAGAGUCGGUUUUGCAAUUUUGAAUUUGGACCUUCUAAACCUCCUUCUAUUCCAUUAUAGUAAAAUCCUAUUUGAUUUUGUGCUUUUAAAAUGACAUCGUGACUUAAGAUGUUAAAGGUGAUUCCUAUAGAUUAAUGGUUUCAUAAAUGUCAUGAAGUUUGGAUGUAUACACUGAAAAAUAAAAGGUCUUAUAGAUUUUAAAGUAAAUGAAUUUUAAUAAAGAAGCAUUCCCAUAAAGUCCGGCUAAGCUAAGUCUGCAGUUGACAGAACAACAACACUUUGCUCGGUUUCAUUAUAAACGUCAAAUUAUUUACAUAUAAAUUGUACUUUUCUUGCAAAUACCAUGCAAAUUGCAGAGUUAGGUUAGUGCGACUCUAGGUAGGUACCCAUCACCCACGCACGGUACAUGUAGCACAUAAUUUAAAACGAAAAGGAAUUGAAAUUGUUAAUAAAUAAGUGUUCUAGUUAAGGUACCCGGCGGCUGUCGGACUUAUCUGAGCGGCCACUGUCCUCAGAAAUACCUGCACAAUCGCCAUCUGAUAUACCUAUCUGAGCGGCCAAGGUGCUCAAAAGUAGCUGAGCGUGUACUUUAACGUCUUGAUGGUAGAGGCUAUGUUCACAUAUUUGUGAACACCUUGGCAGCUCCGAUAUAUCUGAUGGCCAAACGCCGGGAUAGUAAGGUCUUCACAUUCGAUACGGAUCCGCUCCAGUGUGCGAGCGAGACGUAAUACGUAUCGCUGUCUAGCUCACACACCGAAGCGGACGUAUCAGUGUGAUAGAGUCGGACCAAGCUAACUCUGCAGCAUUUGCAAUGACAUAGUAUCACAAUCAGCUAGCAAUGACACACAAUCUUAUCAUUAACCCUUUGAACGUCAAUAACCCUUAAAGGAGUCGUGCAUGUGGCGCCAAGAACGCUUAGAUAUAAGUGCGCGUACGUUGUCAAAGUAACCUUUAACGUUUCCAGUACGGUUUGUAUUUGCCACCUUAAGCCAGAGAUAUAUAUGCGUGUGCAUGGCGUUCUUACUUUUGACAGACAGCGUUCAAAAGGUUAAUGUCAAAUUUCUAUGAAAGUAUGACGUUCAUAAUGACACUCCCUCACUUUGUUCUAUUCAAUGUGCAUAGUUAGCUUAGACGGGCUUUUAUCGCGUAAAUAGGGUAGAGGCCGCGACACCCCAUCGCACAUAGCUUUACUGAACCUUGAGGCCCAAAGAGUCGGCGAAGAGAUUCAAAAUUAGAAUCUAACCUGUAAACUUUAAGGUCGUUUUUUGACUGGCAUGUUUCAAACCCUGUGUGGGUGGGCUAAAAGCCUGUAUAGUGCGACAUAAUAUAGUAGAAAUUAAAUAAAAUGGAACUAAAAUAUUUCCAUACUAAAUUGUUGCCAUGUUUAAGCAUUUUACGUCAAAAAUAUGACAGUUACAUGGCGCCCUCAAUUAUUUAUAUUUAUAUUAUAUUUACAUAUUGGACCACCGCUGGCCAAUCUAAGGGACGCAACCAUGCGGAAGAACGCAUUAACCAUUUGUUUGAAGACAA